AUGCCACGACCAGACCAUCCCGCGUCUCCGACAGACUCCCAAAUGACCUUCACAGAGCCCCAGGCACCGACGACAUUAUUCAAAGAGGAUCCGGGCCCAGCGGACUCCUCCUCCGACCACCCAUCGACGAUCCAGCAGCCCGAUCCCGAAAAGAGCGCCGGCGCCCCUACACCAGCCGGGGGCGCGAAGCCGUCGUAUCCCGGAAGCGAUGCGCCCGACGGCGGCGUCGUGGCUUGGCUCGUCGUGCUCGGCGCGUGGUGUACAUCCUUUUGCAGUUUCGGAUGGGUAAACAGCGUGGGGGCUUUCCAGGAGUACUACCAGAACGACCUGCUGAGGAACUACUCGCCCAGCACCAUAUCAUGGAUCCCCUCCCUCCAGAUCUUCUUCAUGAUGGCCCUGGGCCCCGUCAUCGGAAAACUGUACGACAACUAUGGCCCGCGCUGGCUGAUCCUCGUCGGCUCGUUCCUCCACGUCUUCGGCCUCAUGAUGACGUCCCUCUCGACGCAGUACUGGCAGAUCCUCCUCGCCCAGGGCAUCUGCUCCGCCGUCGGCGUCGCGGCCAUCUUCCAGCCCGCCCUCAACACCAUCCACGGCUGGUUCAACGUCAACCGCGGCGCCGCCUUCGGCCUGCUGUCCACCGGCUCCAGCAUCGGCGGCAUCGUCUUCCCCAUCAUGGUCACGCGGCUCAUCAAGUCCGUCGGGUACGGCUGGGCGAUGCGCAUCUGCGCCUUCAUGAUCCUCGGCCUGCUCAUCAUUGCCAACCUCACCGUCAAGUCGCUGCACCCGCCGCGCCCGCAAAAGGUCAACCGGGAGCAGCUCCUCCGCCCCUUCAAGGAGUUCGAGUUCGUCUGCGUCGUCGUCGGCUUCUUCCUCUUCACCUACGGCAUCUUCGUCCCCAUCAACUACAUCCAGGUGCAGGCGCUCGAGGCCGGCAUGGACCCCGACCUGGCGCAGUACCUCGUCGCCAUGCUCAACGCCGGCAGCCUCUUCGGGCGCAUCGCCUCGGGCAUCCUGGGCGACAAGAUCGGCAAGUACAACAUCUUCGUCGUGGUGUGCUACCUGACCUCGAUCUGGAUGUUGGCCCUCUGGAUCCCCGCCAACACGGACGGCGCGCUCAUCGCCUUCGCCGUGCUCUUCGGCUUCUGCUCCGGCGCCUACGUGUCGCUCAUCGCGCCGCUCGUGGCGCAGAUCUCGCCGUUCCAGGAGAUCGGCUUCCGGACGGGCAUCACGUUCUUCACCAACUCGAUCGGCGGUCUGACGACGAACCCGAUCAACGGCGCGAUCUUGGCUGGGCCCAGUGGUUGGAUCGGCAUCAAGGUCUUUUCCGGAGUUUUCUGCCUUGCGGGGACGACGUUCAUUCUCGCGGCGAGAAUUCACCGGACCGGUUGGAAGUUGGCUGUUGCAUUUUGA